AAGAAGCGAAGCAACCAACCCCCGAAAUCUUCAACGGCGCCAUCGCCACUGCGUCAUGCCCGUCCCGCCCCUCCUCUCGCCACUUCGCCUGCCCUCGCCAGCGCCGCCCCUCCACCGCAAUGGAGCGCCAUGGCGGCGCCCGACGCAACUACGUGCCGCACUACGGGUCCCCCCUCCGCUUCACCUGGGGCUCGCCGCGGCCCGUGGCGAUGGCGUGAGGCGGUUCGUCGGGACGCUGGGCUCGAAGAGAGCGCGAGCUGUUGGUGCAAUUAGGGUUUCUGCGAUCUCUGGAGACGGCGGUGGCGGUGCUGGUGGUACGGGAAUUGCGGCGGCAGCGGCCGCCACUGUGGUCUUUGCUGUGAUGAACCGGGUGCUCUACAAGCUGGCGCUCGUGCCAAUGAAGAAUUACCCCUUCUUCCUCGCCCAGUUCGCCACAUUUGGGUAUGUCCUAGUGUAUUUCUCAAUUCUCUUCAUAAGAUUUCGCGCUGGGAUUGUCACUAGAGAAAUGUUAGCGCUUCCGAAGCCACAGUUCAUGCUAAUUGGUUUACUGGAAGCGCUAGGUGCUGCUUCAGGCAUGGCUGCUGCUGCUAUGUUGCCCGGGCCAUCUAUUCCAGUGUUGUCACAGUCCUUUCUGGUUUGGCAACUUAUCUUAUCUGCCCUCAUCUUGGGAAGGAAAUAUAGAGCAAAUCAGAUCCUUGGCUGCUUGCUUGUUACAGCUGGAGUAAUUCUAGCAGUGGCCGGUGGAGCCAGUAAUGGUCCGAUUCUCUUUGAAGUCAAAUUCUUUUGGCCAGCAGUAAUGAUGAUUUCAGCUGCAUUUCAAGCUGCUGCUUCCAUUAUCAAGGAGUUUGUUUUCAUUGAUGGUGCAAAACGCCUUGAGGGAAAGAAGCCUGAUAUAUUUGUAGUCAACUCUUUUGGUUCUGGUUUCCAGGCACUUUUUAUUUUCCUACUCCUUCCAUUUCUCUCUAACUUGAAAGGGAUUCCUUUUGCUGAACUCCCUGCAUACCUAACCCGUGGUGCUGCAUGCUUUCUGAAUGUGGGAGGGAAUCUGAAGGAUUGCCAUGGAGCUCCUUUGCUACCACUUCUCUACAUAACUCUGAACAUGGCCUUCAACAUUUCUGUCCUUAAUCUUGUGAAGAUGUCUACAGCAGUGGUUGCUUCGCUGACAUCAACUUUAGCAGUACCUCUUUCCAUCUAUAUACUGUCACUGCCUCUACCAUAUCUACCCGAAGGAACAAAUUUGAGCGCAUCUUUUUUGAUUGGUGUUGCUACCUUAGUGCUCGGAUUGCUUCUAUACAAUCUUCCUCAAGAAUCAACCAAUCAAGUAAAGGAAGAUUAAUCUAAACCCAUAUCAGAUAUAAGGUUAACAGGAAGCUAUUGGUGCUCCACUAAGAAAAUAGCCGCAUUUUGUUGACAGUGGCUUCACAGUUUGGUACAUAACUCAUGAAGAGCAGUGUUCUUCUGCCACAAACAUUUGCGGUGCAAACAUUUGAGGCACCAGCUGACUUCAAAGUUUAGAAACAGCAAGUUCUUGUUUCAUCUGUUAACAAAAUCCUAAUGGAUUAUGCAGCUAUAUAUAAGCUCUACCUGAGCGGAUGUAACUACUAACUACUUUCAGAUGAGUAAGGGCUUUACAAAUUCAUUGGUUGU